GUGCUGGCGGACAAGGCCGUGUCGUGCAUAAACCGAGACCUGGCGGCACUGCGGGACAUCUGGGAGGAGAUCAGCAUCCCCAAGGAGCAGCGCCUGGAGCGCACCAGUGCCGUCAAGAAACACAUCAAGGAUCUCAUGGAUGACAUGAUCAGCGAGGAGGAGGGUCUGAAGAAGCGUCUCUUGAGGAGCAUCGCCGUGUGUCGGAAGGAGCUUGACUUCGUCUGCAAAGAGCUCCAGGUGGAACGCUUUGAGGUAGAGGAAGAAACCACCAUUCUGCAGAUAGAGAAGAAUAUGCACACCUGCCUGAAAGAAUGA